AUGGACCGCGGCGACUUUGACUUUCCACCGGAUCCUUCUGUGGAGGCGUUAGACUCCACGUUGGAAACCCUUAACAACGUUCCCCUUAGGGUGCUCUCCAACAUGCCGAUUGAGGAGCUGCCGCCCACCGUUGUGCCUGUAGAUCAGCAGCGGCCUAUUCGUCAGAUGCUGCAGAGCAGCCGGAAGGCUCGGCGCGUAGGAAGGCUCCGGAAGCAUGCACACGCUUCUCUUGAUCCUGCACCAGACAUCCCUGCAGCGCAGCCAGGCGAUGCUGCAGAGAGGGGAGAGCCCACAUCCUCGCCGAGACAUGGCUUUGCCGGGCAUAAGCGGGCUCGGUUUGACUGGAGUGAGGAGGAGCUUAGAGAUUUCUACAAAUUUCUCUCGCAGUACGGCACGGACUUCAACGCGAUUGCCGUCAUGUAUCAUGGCCGGUCGCGUGAGGACGUCAAACGCCUGUACCAUCGAGAGCUGCGCAAACGGCGUGACGAUGUCCGGGCGGCGCUGUCGUCGCGUGAGGAGAUAGAUUUGGGGACAUUUACGGCGCGUUUGAAAAAGCGGGAGGAGCUUCAGCAGGCCCCGACGCGUCAGCUGGAGCAGGAGGAGGAGGAAGCGCUGCGCCUCAUAGAGGCGGGAGCAUUGCAGUUCCAACCAACAUGCAAGGAGGGCGAGAUCUCCGUUUUGGAUGCCGUGAACAGCGACUUUGAGUUUGAUUUCGUGGCCGCUAAAAGUCCGACGCCGGAAAAGACACAACCAGCGGGAGACGAGAAAGCGGUCUAUGCUGGAAAGCAUGACGAUGACAAAAGUGGUUCGCUGGUCUUAAAAAGUGUGGAAACAGGCAGUGUAAGAAAUACUGACAGCUGCGGUCCAGCGGAGACCACACUGCUGGAUUCUCUUCUUCCGUCUGGACAAGAUUUGGAAGACUUUUUAUUUUGA